CAGAGCUGCAGAAGAAGAAGCCGCUGGAGAGACAAGAGAAGAUGACAGGGCGCGCGAAAAGAAAACUCAGAUCCGUUCAGGACUCAGACACAGGCAAUGGAGAAAAGAAGAAGUCUCGAACUAAUGAGGCUAAAGAUGUACCGAUGUCAGGAGUGGGUCCACAGCAGCGGGAUGAGAUUAUGCGACUGUACAACUUGCAAAUGCCAGAAGAUCUGUACCAUUUCUGGGACUUCUGCAAGGAACUCUCUCCUGACAACCCUUGUGGUGCACUGAUGGACACACUCGGCUUGCAGUUAGUUGGUCCUUUUGACAUCCUGGCAGGAGCUCACAAAAACUCCAAGAACCCUCAGCCAAACUUCCACCUUCACUGGAGGUAUUUUUAUGACCCACCGGAGUUUCAAACCAUCCUUCAAGGGAGUGAAGACAGUCAGCAUCACAUGGGAUACUACAGAGACACUCCAGAAAAACUUCCUGCCUUUGUUGGAGAAAAUGAAGCCAAGAAAGGCUGCGCUAUAAAACAGAUGGGAGACAAUGUGUUUGCUGCUGUCUACCUGUAUCUGCUGAGGAAGAGGAAACAGCAGAGUGGAAAGAGUGAAAGAGAAGAGGCUUUGGAAGACUUGGAGGCAAAACUGAAAGACAAGGCAGAGACUCUGGGCUUGUGUCUUGGCCGGAAGACCAAAGAAAUUACAGAGAGAGACCGUAAAGUGGUCACCAAGACGUUCCACGGUGCUGGUAUCGUUGUGCCUGUCGACAAGAACGGAGUAGGAUACAGAGAGCUCCCAGAAACAGAUGAUUGUCUGAAAACCAUCUUUAAAAGCAUUGCUGAUGCACCGAAUGAUGAAGAGCGUGUUAAAGCCUUUGCACCGCUCCAGGAGAUGGUCACGUUUGUUCAGUUUGCAAACGAUGAGUGCGACUAUGGCAUGGGUUAUGAACUGGGAAUAGACCUCUUCUGCUACGGAUCUCAUUAUUUCCACAAGGUCAUCAAGCAAGUUCUGCCCAUGGCCUACACCCUAUUGAAGAGGAAUUUAUUUGGUGAAAUUAUAGAGGCCCAUAUCUCCAGUCGCAGCCGUGACAACCUGGAUCAGCUCUCUGGACAUUGAAACCGAGAAUGAAAAGACUCCUUUAAGUACAUUUUAGUUCCCAGCUCCCGUGAGCUUUCCCACCACGUGUCCUUCUGUCUUCUGUUGUUUGUCAUUGUUCUGGUUUGGUGGUUCAUGGUGCUCCUGUCAUUGGUUGGAUGACGUUCAGUGAUAUCCUUGUGCAUUAAUAAAGUGUUUUAUAUUUUUA